GGCUCUGGGCAAAUUGUUGGCGCAAGGGAAGGGGGCUGAUGAAAGGAAGUAACCACCUGGCACAGCAGGGUGAGAGCAGCAGUAGGGUGACGGAGCUGAAGCUACCGCUCUUCCUAGAAACCCGGACGACUGGCCGGCUGUGAAGCGCGGCUGCAUGUGGAGUGGAGUGGCAAUGUCGGAAGUGUGAGGAGAUGCUGGAGUCAGACCUGCCAAGUGCCGUCACACUUUUGAAAAACCUUCAGGAGCAGGUGAUGGCUGUAACUGCACAAAUACAAGCUCUGAUAAAAAAAGUUCAAGCCAGGGCCUAUCCUACAGAGAAGGGUCUCAGCCUCUUGGAAGUAAAAGACCAGCUACUGCUCAUGUACCUUAUGGAUUUAACCCAUCUCAUCCUGGACAAAGCCUCAGGAGGGUCUCUUCAGGGACAUCAUGCAGUUUUGAGACUGGUGGAGAUUCGCACGGUUUUGGAAAAGCUUCGUCCCUUGGACCAAAAACUGAAGUAUCAAAUUGACAAACUAGUCAAGACUGCAGUGACAGGCAGCCUCAGUGAGAAUGACCCACUCCGUUUUAAGCCUCAUCCCAGCAAUAUGAUGAGCAAGUUGAGCUCUGAGGAUGAGGAGGAAGAUCAAACGGAAGAAGGCCAAUCUGAAGCUUCAGGGAAGAAAUCUGCAAAAGGAACAAUUAAGAAAUAUGUUCCGCCACGCUUGGUUCCAGUACAUUAUGAUGAAACAGAAGCUGAGCGGGAGAAAAAGCGCCUAGAACGGGCUAAAAAACGGGCAUUGAGCAGCUCUGUCAUUCGAGAACUGAAGGAGCAAUACUCAGAUGCUCCAGAGGAAAUCCGUGAUGCUCGGCAUCCUCAUGUUACUCGCCAGAGUCAGGAGGAUCAACAUAGGAUUAACUAUGAGGAGAGCAUGAUGGUGCGUUUAAGUGUUAGUAAACGCGAGAAAGGACGGCGAAAACGGGCAAAUGUCAUGAGCUCACAACUCCAUUCCCUCACACACUUCAGUGACAUCAGUGCUUUGACAGGAGGAACCCCUCAUCUUGAUGAGGAUCAGAAUCCUAUCAAGAAGCGGAAGAAGAUACUGAAGAAAGGUCAGAAGAAAAAAGGUUUUCGGAGGCGGCGGUGAUUAUGGGUGUGCAUAUUUAUGUGUAUAUUUGUUGUCAUCCUGGGAUACUUCUUUAAUUUCACUGUAUGUAGGUUUUAUUCUCUUGGAAUUCCUUGAUUGUUCUGGAUAUGUGGAAAGAUCUUUAUUAAUAAAAUUGAUUUUAUUUUUGAAGCCCCUUUUGCA